AUGCAGCCACCUCAAACGAAUCCGCAACUUGCAGGUAUGGCCCAACGCGACGUUGUUGUGUUGGCGGAGCGACAACAGUUAAUUUCCAACGAAGGAUUUAAUUAUUGCAUGCGCCGCUGCAUUACGCAUUACGGAGAAGACUCCAUUCCUUAUCACCCUGGUGAAAAGGCGUGUCUUGACCGCUGCGUGAAUAAAAUUCACAACGGUUUGGACCUCUCAUGUACCAUUCGGAAGGAAUUUGAAGAAAAGAUUAAGAAAGGAGAUAUGCCGUAUCGUUGGAUGAAAGAAGUUUUGUCGGAGAACGAAUAG